UCCAAAUGGCACACUGGCGUUCCAGUGUACAUGUAUAUUUAGUUCUAUGAUCAUAUUGACUGACACGCGGCUUCGCUGUCGGGGGUCUAUCGUUUACCUGUUUUCUCUCAUACAGUUUUCUGCAGUUUUCUGCACUUUUCUGCAGUUCAAGCACACCAUACACCCCCCCCCCCAAAAAAAAACAACGAAACAUCCUUGAUCACUUUCAACGUCAUUCCAUAUUAAAAUAUUGUACGAGGGUGAUGUCUUUGCCUUUGGAUGUUACUAUGAAAUUAGGUUCAUUUUGUUCAAUUACGAGUUGUCCAUUUGUAUGUUAGUCAUAGUUACUAUAAUUUUUUUUAUGCGAGCCUAGGCUACACUGAAGUAGAAUAUACUAGAAAGAACAGUAUUUUUUUCCAUGUGACAGAUCAGAAAAUUCUCGAAGACUAGAAGGUGAAGAGGAGGGUCCUGGUGUACAUUCCGGAGCCGUUAAAGGUUGCCCAGGUGUUGAUUUAUCACAAAAAGAACCAGCUUGUGUGUUUAAUUGAAUACCAGUGGAAAAGAUAAAAUUAUUAACAAUGUACACAAUUGAUCCACAGACAUGGUCUUACAUAGUUUUAGUUUUUGGUAUUAUGGGAUUAGUGCUAUAUAUAAUCACCACAUGUUUAUUGGUGUUAGCUCUUGUAUAUGCGAAAUUCGUUUAUUACCGUAAAAGUGAGCCCCUUCUUGAAACAGAUGAAGCCCCUGGUGUUUCAAUAAUAAAACCAUUAAUGGGAUUAGAUCCAUUGUUAGAAGAUAACCUUGAUAGCCACUUUAAACUGAAGUAUUCAAAAUUUGAACUACUUUUCUGUGUACAUGAUGAUGAUGACCCAGCCAUUAAUCUGGUUGAAAAACUUAAAGAACGAUAUCCUAAAGUAGAAACUAGAAUGUUUAUAGGUGGUCAAGCAGGCAUAAUCAACCCUAUGGUAAAUAAUAUGGCACCUGCUUAUAAUGCUGCUGCUUAUAACUAUGUAUGGAUUAGUACAAGUAGAAUUAAAGUUUCAACAGAAGUUAUUUUAGAUUUGGUAUCUAAAUUACAGAAACCAGAUGUAGGGUUGGUACAUCAGAUCCCUUUUGUCACAGAUGAAAGUGGAUUUGGAGCAGCUAUUGAAAAGAUAUAUUUUGGAAGUGCAAUGGCUAGGUAUUACAUAUCUCUAAAUGCUCUUGGUUUGUGUUGUAUGACGGGAAUGUCCUAUAUGUUUAAAAAAACUGUCCUAGAUGAAUGCAAUGGAUUGGUUUGGUAUGGACGGUAUUUAGCUGAAGAUUUUUUUUUAGCAAGCAGCAUACAUCGCGCAGGUUAUAAGUUAGUAUUAUCCUCAUAUCCUGCUCAACAAAAUGUUGCCUGUCCAACGGUAAAAGGUUUUAUUAGUAGAAUGGUGAGGUGGAUGCGAUUACGUAUUAAUGCAUUAACUAUAGUAACAGUCAUAAUGGAACCAUCAGUAGAUUGCUUUCCUCUUGGUUUGUGGGGAGCUUGGUGUUUUCACGAAUUUUUUAGUAUCAAUCCAUAUUUUUUUAUGACUAUCCAUGUAACAUUUUGGAUAAUACGUGAUUAUCUACAACUUUUACAAUUGCAGAAUACCAAAUUGACAUUUUCUCUGUUGUACUUCAUAAUUGCAUGGACAGUACGAGAAUUGUUACAAACAAUGAUAGUCUUUUUGAGUCUAUUUAAACCUCAUGAAAUAAAAUGGGGUAAAAGAAUUUACUAUGUCCAAUGUGGUGGACAAACACAAAUCAUCAGUGAUAAAUCAGCUAUGCACUUAUGAUCGCAGAAAUCAUUCCUAUACAAAUACAUCAAUUUAUGACGGUAUAUUAGAUUCUAAAUUCUAAAUUUGUUAAUGUCUUGCUAUCAUCCACCUUCUAACUUCUAUUCAUAUCAUUUGUAAAGUAAGACAACGUAUAAUGUAAUCCAACCACUGAUUUACAUGACACAGUAAUCAUAAAAAAGUGAGGCUUGUAAUCAUUGGGUGUCUUCUUGUUAUGUUAGUCUUACCUUGCCACUCAUAAAUACCAUGCUCAGAACAGAAAACAUCCAUGAUUUUUAGCAAUCAUAAAACAUAAACAUAUUAGCAUGAGAUACCUCUGGUAUUAAUAUGUUUCAAUGUGCACACAUCUAUAGUGUGAAUAUUAGUGUUAUUUGAUUGUCAAGUCCAUGUUGUAUCGAGAUCAUGAUGUUAUAGAUCUGGGAGUAAGGUGUUUAGUUAAUACUCCAUUUGUUAAAAAUCAUUGUUAUAAAAAAAAAAGGAUAUGUUAUUCAAUUUUUCAUUUUGGUAUUGUUUUGUAUCUAUUUUAUUACCCAUUAUUUCACAUUAGUUCAUUCCUAAUACAUUUCAGUCCAUUCCUGAUACCACUCAACCAGUAUACAAGGCAUACUUGAUAUUGAAAAGAAGGAUUUAUAUUUAUAUAUCUGUUAUGUUAAGUAUAAAACACCAGCCAUGAUCAAGUAUUGUUAUCAUAAAAUGUUGGACAUUCGAGUAAAACAAAAGUGGUAUUUGCAGAAUUCCAGGGGGGGUAUCCAAAUGACUAACAUAUCUAUUAAAGGGGUAUGAGAAAUGCAAGCGCAUUAUUUGGAGUUCAAAUUUGCAUUAUGUUAGUUGAUUAAUUGUCCCCCAUCUUUCAAAGAAAGCAUGGGACUAUUAAAAUGGGUCUGUCUGCCUAAACGGCUUUCUGUCACAUUUUGGGAACUCUCCUUCUAAUUGAGCUAGAAUGUUCAAACUUGGUUUAGGUGUGUAUUAUGUGAAUGCCUUGAUGGAGUUCAGAGAUUAGCAUUUUCUGCUUAGGCUAAGCAGAGAUAAGCAAUUUGAUUGGUUGAUGUUUUUUGGACACAAUAACUUUGGUUCUUGUGAAGUGAGAGUGAUGAAACUUGGUGUAAAGUUUCAUUACAUCAAUACCUUAACUAAGUUCGAUAAUGAGCAUUUCACGAUAAGCUACUUUGGAGCUUUAUAACUUUGAUUCUAAUUGAGUGAGAGUGGUGAAACUUGGUGUAAAGGUUCAUUACAUCAAUACCUUGACUAAGUUUGAUAAUGAGCAUUUUUGGCUCAGGGUAAGCCAACUUUGGAGCUUGAUAAUUUUGAUUCUAAUUGAGUGAGAGUGGUGAAACUUUGUGUAUAGUUUCAUUACAUAAUUACCUUGACUAUAAUUUCUAUAAUGAGCAUUUUCUACUUAGGGUAAGCAGAACGAUAAGCAGUUUUAUUGGUGACAUCAAUACCUUGACUAAGUUUGAUAAUGAGCAUUUUCGGCUCAGGGUAAGCAGAGUGAUAAGCAAUUUGAUUGGUCGAGACUUUGGAGCUCAACAUUCUUAACAUUAGAGCUUGAUUCUAAUUGAGAAAGAGUGAUGAAACUCAAGAGUAUAGAUUCAUUAUAUCAAUACCUUGACUAAUUUCGAUGAUGAGAAUUUUAUGCUUAGACUAAGUAGCGAUAAGCAAUUUGAUUGGUCAAGACUUUGGAACGGAACAGCUCUGCUUUUAAUUAAGAUAGAAUGUUAAAACUUGGUGUAGAUGUUCAGUAGGUGAAUGUCUUGACUGAGUUCAAUGAUUAACAUUUUGAGCUAAAGCUAAGCAGAGCUAAGCAAUUUCAUUGGUCAUGCUUUUGGACAAAGAUGACUUUGAGGGGUGAUACUUAGUGUAUCAUGUAUCAUCUAUUUAUGUUGGGAUUGUGGCGGGGGACAUCAGCCUCACUGUUCGCUUUUUAUACGCCCACAUUUUCAUGUGGUCGUAUAUUGUCGUCACCCCUGUCCCUCCGUCCGUCCAUAAUUUGUUUGUGGACACUCUACAGGUCAUAAUUUUUAUCAGAUUUUGACGAAACAUGAAAGAUAGGUUUGUCUUCCAAGAAUCUCGGUUCCUUUCGAUAUUGGCCAUGUUCCUGAAGCAACGACUGCGAGUUUCACAUCUGGCCGUUGCUUGUUUACUUCACAAUUCCUGAACUCAUAGCUAUGUUAUCUACAGACACGUGAGCAGUAGCGUCCAAUCAGAGGUUCUGACAUCGUGACCUCCACGGAAAAAUUGACAUUGAAUGAACCUUGAACUUUGCAACUCGAUUAUCACAGGUAGACAUUUUAGCUUGAAACCGCGAGACUUGGUAUUCGCGACGAUCGAGGAAUCUGGUAGGCUCAUAAGUUGGGCUUGUACCCAAUCGAAAUUAGUGCCACAAUAUGCAGGGUUUUACAUGAAGGCCUUGAUAAGAUGUAUGUAGUUAAAGCGAGAUCAAGCCUUCUAUUGAAGAUGGAUAUUGGCAAGUAUCGGAUGGUAACAUCCUGCAUUCCCCUGAUUGAACAAAAAAUCGCAUAUUUUUUUUUAGCAUGUGGUCCCUCUAGAGUUCACAAUUUUUAUCCAAUUUAAAAAACCGUUACAGUAUUUCACCGUUACACCAUAGUGAAACUGCCUUACAAAAUAGCUGCUUCCUGUACACAAUUUUUGUCUGAUUUUGAUAAAACUUAAAAUAUAUGUUUAUAUCCCAAAGAUCCCAGUUUCUUUGGAUAUUCGCACAUAUCGUCCAUAACUUCCUGGAUUAUGGCCCCCGAUUGUACGAAAAAUCACAUUUUUAGCUUGUUACACCAUAUAUCAUCGUUUCAUCAUAGUAGAGGCCGAGUUCAAAUUUUGGGAAAAUUGAAACGAAACUGCCUGACAAAGUGACCGUUACACCAUAGUGAAACUGCCUUACAAAAUAGCUGCUUCCUGUACACAAUUUUUGUCUGAUUUUGAUGAAACUUAAAAUAUAUCUUUAUAUCCCAAAGAUCUCAGUCCCUUUUGAUAUUCAUGCAUUUUAGACCAUAACUUCCUGGAUUAUGGCCCCUGGUUGUACGAAAAAUGAUGGGCAUAUCUUGCUUGGCAACUGCUGGUUUAUAAUUGUGUGUGUCGGGUAGAAAAAGAAAAAUUAUUCCACUGUAUGUUAGCUAGGUAUGUGGAUUCAACAAAUGUAAAAUGUUAUAGAGUUUUAGAAAAAUUCAUUAUACCCAGUUUCAUGCGUGACACCUAUUGUCACUUACAGCUUAAUGAAGCGAUAUUCUGAACAUGAAUAUGUACAUGUUUACGAAAUUGUUUAACUCAAACUUUAGCUUUAAUAUUGUGAUAUAUAUAUAGGUCACAAUUCUAUGGAAUACAAUUACUGCUUACUGAGCGACUUUUCGACUAGGCUUCUCUAGUCAUUGUCAAGGAAUGAUAAAUGAUGAAAUAUACAAUACUUAUCUCUGGUUGGUCAGCAUUAACCAAUUUGUGUUGUUUACAUGUAUAUAUUGUCUUGUCAUAUUUUAUCAUUGCUUGAUAAUGAUUAGAGAAGCCUAGUCGAAAUGUCAAUCAGUAAUAAGCAGUAAUUGUAUUCCAUAGAAUUGUGACCUGUAUAUUCCAGUUCAAUUCCUAAAUGCCAUUGAAACAAUUUGUAUUACAUUGUGAACAAAUAUUUGAGAAUAGAAAUGAUACUUGCUUUAGGUCUGUUUCCUCUGUAUUUCAGAGAAAUCUUAAACUGCCGGCUAUGCUGAACAAUUAUUCAACAACCUUUAUUUUUUAAACAUCGUUCCUAUUGUGAAUCUCCCCAAGCUGGAUCGAAGCAUGUUUUGUUUUAGAAUGAUAUAAUACUUUACUAAACUGUUGUUUGUAGUGACAGACGGUAACUAAUGUAACAUUACAUUGGCAGAAAAAGUCAAAUACACUCAAAAUAGUUACCAGUAUGAGCUUAUUGUAUUUGUGUACAUUUAUGGAAUAGAUCUAUCAACAUGUUCUUGGUGAUAUUUUCAUGUUAUUGUUUACGUUUAAAUAUUGAGUUAUAUACCUGGUAUACCAUAAUCUUCCAGCCUUAUUUUAUUUUUGUUUAAUAUUUUUGAUGGUUCUAGGUAUGGUGUUUCUUUGAGGAAAACAGUUCUUUGUUUUCACUUUUGAAAGUUAUUCAUUUGAAACUACUGUAAAUAAUUGAUCUCCUAAAUUUCUUUUUCAUUUCCCCUUGCUUUUAGAAAUGGUUGUGAAUACUAUGCAGGGAAUGUGUAAAUUUAAAUUUUCAUAAAAUGAUACAAUCAUUAAUAAAUACAUUAUAAAAUAGCAUACCAUAAUGCUAAUUGUAUUAAAAUUUAAAUUGUAUUGCCAAAAGUGCCAAAUGUUUAUUUGACAUUGAGUAGUAUGUAAGCUGUCAGGGUUUUUAUUUCUUAAAAUUAUUUGAUUAAAUCUUCCCUAAAUUCUGAGCUCAAUUUAUUAUUGAACAAAGUAACUAUUAUAAAUUGUUAUUGAUAAACGGCAGCAUUUUUUGUAUUUGUUAACCAUGGAAAAGUUAAAUCUUUAAAAUGUUUCAUAUUAACACAUUCAAGUUUUGUUAAAGAUUCUGCCAUUAUCUCUUUCUCCAAGAAAAAAAUGUAGUUAUUUUUAAUAGUAUUGUAUUUAAUAUAACAUCCAAGAACUGGCUCAACUUAGAGACUGAGAAAUUUUAAAUGAUGGUUUAACAGUUUUUAUAUGCCAACAUUUUCAUGUGGACGUAUAUUGUCAUCACCCCUGUCCGUCCACAAUUUGUUUUUGGACACUCUACAGGUCACAAUUUUUAUCCGAUUUUGACGAAACUUGAAAUAUAGGUUUAUCUCCAAAAGGCAGCGGUUCCUGUUCAUGGAUUAUGGCCUCUGCUUGUACGGAAAAUCACAUUUUUAGUUUGUGGACACUUUAGAGGUCAUGAUUUUUAUCUGAUUUUGAUGAAACCUAAAAUGUAUGAUUAUAGAAACUUGAAAUGUAUAUUUAGAACCCAAAGAUCUCGGUUCCUUUCGAUAUUCACGCAUAUCGGACUGUGGUCAGAAAUUGUUGUCGCCCCCAUCUGUCGGUCAGGCAUCCACAAUUGGUUGUGGACGCUCUACAGCAGUUUUGAAACAAAGCGAGGGACAAACAAGGAUUAUGAAAUUUCAUUUUAUUUUCAAGUAAUACCAAACAAAAUACUCAUUCUGCGGUUUUUAUUCGUCUCCAUAGUUAUAUUCAGAGAAAAACCAAAGCAUGUCAACAAAUCAAACAAUAACGUAACAUGAAAGUAGGCCCAAGUCAAGUGACAUUAAUAAGGCAUCUAUAUAUGUCAUUGAGUGACGCUGCAAGCUAUAAAUAGACCUACAAAGAUUUUUGAUCCUACAGAGAGUAAUGCCCGUUUAGAGUUUGGGCCCAACAAUAAGCAGUUUCGAUUUUUUAUUUCAUUGAGAGAUAAAAUUACUCAUAAAUUUUCAGAUGUAAUGGAAGGGUCUGGUGAGCCGGAUGACAAGACUUCGUGAGCAGUAGUUUGCCCACCUCUGCUCUACAGGCUAAAGUUAAUAUCCGAUUGACUUUUAAGACGAAGAAGCCUAUUGAUUUUAACGUUUACGAUAAUUACUACCAAAGUUAUGACCCUUUUUAAUCACUAUGAACAAUCAUGUGGACGAAGUUAAUAUGCGAUUGACUUUAAAUUUAUACACAAUGUUAAAGGACAUAAGACAAAGAAGCCUAUUGAUUUUCAACAAUUUCCAAUAAUUACUGUUAGAAUUAUGGCCCUUGGCCACUUUGAAUAUUAUUGUGGAUGCUCUAGAGACCAAAGUUAUCAUCUAUUCGUUUUUAUACGCCCACAUUGAAAUGUAGUCGUAUAUUGUCGUCGCCCCCCUGUCUGUCGUCCACAAUUGCUUGUGGACGCUUCAGAGGCUAAAGUUAAUAUCCGAUUGACUUUAAAUUUAUACAAAGUGUUUAAGGUCAUGAGACGAAGAAGUCUAUUAAUUUUCAACGAUUGCUGAUAAUUACUGUCAAGAGUUAUGGCCCUUGAUCACUUUGAAAAAUCUUUUGGACGCUGUAGAGGCUAAAGUUAUCCGAUUGUUUUGAAAUUUAUACACAGUGUUUGAGGUCAUGAGACGAAGAAGCCUAUUGAUUUUAAACGAUUUCCAAUAAUUACUGCCAGGGUUAUGGCCCUUGAUCACUUUGAAAAAUCUUGUGGACGCUCUAGAGGUUAAAGUUAUCAUCUGAUUGACUUUAGAUUGAUACACAGAGUUUAAGGUCUUGAGAUGAACAAAUAUAUUGAUUUUCAAUGAAUUUUGAUAACUUUAACAGCUAAAUCCAUGAUAUUAAAUGUUUUGUAUACUAAAUGUUAGCAUUGGGCAGAACUAAAAGCCAAACAAAUUCUAAUGAUUUUCUGAUAAUUACUGAAUGAGUUGUUACUCUUAAUCAGAUUUUAGUGUAUUAUAAAUGUUUUAUCAACAACAAUAGAAGAAAUAUGCGACAACUCUUGUUGACAGCUCAGAUGACUUAGCUGCUGUGGGCGUAUGUUUUGUUGCCUGGCAACCUAUCUUUAAAUUAAUACACAGUGUUUACAGUUAUGAGAAGAAGAACCCUACUGAUUUCCAACGAUUUUCGAUAAUUACUGUCAGAAUUAUGGUCCUUGGCAACUUUAAAAUUCUUGUGGAUGCUCUAGAGACCAAAGUUAUCCAUCUGUUUAUAAAUUUAUAAACAGUGUUUACAACCAUGAGACGAAGACACCGAUAUAUUUUCAAGGAUUUCUGAUAAUUAUGGGCAUUGAUUACUUCGAAAUAUCUUGCAGAUGCUGUACAGGCCAAAGUGAUCAUUCGAUGGACUUUAGAUUGAUACACAGAAUUUAAGGAGAUGAACAAAUACAGUAUGUAAUGUCAAAGUUGUGGAGUCCAAUGUGGAGCCUUUAGAGGUCACAAUUUUUAUCUGAUUUUGAUGAAACAUAAAAUAUAUGUUUAUAUCCCAAAGAUCUUGGUUCCUUUCGAUAAUCGCACAUAUCAGAACGUAACCUCCUGUAUAACGGCCCCUGAUUGUACAAAAAAUUGUGUUUUUAGCUUGUGGACCCUCUGGAAGUCACAAUUUUUAUCCGAUUUCAAAAAAUGUUUAAAUAAAUCACCAUUUCCCCAUUGGAGGGUGAGAUUGAAUAUUGUGAAAAUCAGAAAGAAACUGCUUGACUAAAUGACUGCUCCUUGUACGCAAAUAGUGUAAAAGUAUGUAAUAACAAGAUUGUGAACCCUCAAGAGGUCACAAUUUUUUGUUCGAUUUUGAUGAAACUUAAAAUAUAUAUUUAUAUCCCAAAGAUCUUGCUUCCUUUUGAUAUUCAUGCAUUUCAGACUAUAACUUCCUGGAUUAUGGCCCCUAAUUUUAGGAAAAAUCACGUUUUAUUUUUAGUUUGUUCUCUGUCCAUCUCUUGCAAAAUGUGGGCAUAUCUUGCAUGGCAACUGCUUGUUUCUGUAAAAAAUUGCCUACAGUCAAAUUGAACAUUUUCGAUUUAACUGCAGUGAUAGAUGAAUUUAUUUUUAUUAUUAACACCUCUUUUAAAUAAAUAUUUUAUAGGUUCUAAGGAAAUAAAGCUAUUAUAUUUUGUUUUAAAACACUGCUUUAUAUACAUGUGGAACAAAUGUUGUUGGGUUUGUUUUUUUCAAUUUUUACAUCAUUACACGCUAUACCAUUCUAAUUAUUAUUUCAUUUGUAAUAUUUCAUUAUGAAUUUUUAUUUUAUGAAAUGAAAUAAAAUGGGUUUUAAAGUC